AUGUAUAGCCAACCACACGGAAGUCUGCCACCACACCUUCAAGGUUCUCCCCCUCCUGGUCAAGGUGAGUAUCACUCUACGAUGCGUGGUGAAUACCCACCUCCAGAAGGUUAUUAUCGACCGAUACCACCAAACCUGGCACCAUCAAUGCACCCCUAUUAUGAAUAUCAACAUUAUCUACCUUAUCACCAUGGGGCAAUGGGCCCACCAUUACUGAUGCACCAUUAUAGAGCACCACAAAUUAACAGUGGUACACCAGGAGAGGGAGAUAAAAUAAAAAUUUCAAAGAAUAGCACAAGUUCAAAUUCGCAAAAAUCAAAAUACCAAAAAGAGCGAUUUGCUUAUGAUGCACCUCCCACAGAAGAAGAUAAAAGAACAUACAAUCUUGCGGUAUGCCAGCAGCCUUUAAGAGCUCGAAUGUGUGGCUUCGGUGAAAAGGAUAGACGACCGGUGGAUCCCCCUCCAAUAGUACAACUUGUGGUGUUGGAUGAAAAAGGGAAUCCUGAUCCAAGCAUGUUACAAAAUCCAUUCUUUGUUCUUCACGUCACACUUUGGUCGGAGGAUCGAAGGCAUGAGCGAAAUGUAAUUAGUAAUCCACCAAAAACGACACGUGUCCUCAUGGGUUCAUUAGUAUCAUCUCCUGCUUUACUGAAAAAUACCGAAGGAGAACAAGGAUGUUAUUUUUGUUUUCCGGAUCUUUCCAUACGAACAGAGGGAACUUAUACUUUAAAAUUCUCGUUAUUGAAAUUGGGAAUUGAGGAUCGCUUAAUUGAUAACAAGAGUACUGUGAUUACAACUGCCUUCUCGGAUCAAUUCACUGUAUUUUCGGCUAAAAAAUUUCCAGGGAUGACAGAAUCCACUGAUCUAUCCAAAGCCUUUGCAAAACAAGGCCUAAAAAUUCCUAUUCGAAAUGAUGUACGACCGAGGAAAAAUGCAGAAGAGUGA